GCUACUUGACGUGGGUCUCACCUGUAUAGCAUAUUGCACACAGCACACCACUCACUGUGUGUGUCUGUGCUGCCUUUCUUCCACCAUCUUGUUUGAACAAUUUUCUCCAAUUUUUUUUUUUCAGAUUUCCAUCCCCUUUUGAUCGACGGGGCUUAUAAUUUACCUCAAUCGAUUCAUUUCUGAUUCUGGGUCGUGAUCUUUUACUUGAUUCUUGUUGAUGGGAAAUUGAUGAGGUGUUAAUGGGAUUGUUGCCUUUGCCCAAAAAGGCUAUGGAGCACCUUCCUGUUGAGGUUAUUGGCAACAUAUUGUCUCGGUUAGGAGCUGCACGAGAUGUAGUGAUUGCAUCUUCUACUUGCCGGAAAUGGCGAGAGGCUUGGAGAAAUCAUCUUCACACACUCACGUUUAAUUCAAAUGACUGGCCUCUUUAUCAUGAGCUUACAAGGAGCAGACUAGAGAUAAUUGUGACACAGACAAUAUUCCAGACUAAUGGAUUACAGUGUCUGUCAAUUAUGAUGGAUGAUGUGGAUGAGUUCUCUGCUGCUCCGGUGAUUGCUUGGCUAAUGUACACGAGAGAAACUUUGCGUGAGUUACACUAUAAUGUCAGGACUACACCAAACAUUAAUAUUCUUGAGAUAUGUGGUCGCCAGAGACUGGAAGUAUUGGGUCUGGCACACAAUACGAUUACGGGUGUUGAACCUAGUUACCAAAAAUUUCCUUGCUUGAGGUCUCUUUCACUGAGCUAUGUCAGUGUAUCAGCGUUGGACCUCAGUAUUUUUCUCACAGCCUGCCCGAAAGUUGAGGUCUUGAGCCUUAUAAGUCUGGAUAUUGUUAUGUCUGAUCCGCAUGCCUCAAUGGAGCUGAGUACUAACUCUUUGAAAGAUAUCUAUGUCGAAGCCAUUAGUUUGGAUAAAAUCAUUCUGGAGGCAGAUAGCCUUGAGAAAUUGCAGUUAAAAGAUUGUACACUUGAGGUCUUUGAGCUUGUCAGCAAGGGGAAGUUAAGACUCCUUAAGAUUGAUGAUGUUAGCGUCAUCCAUCUUGAUAUUGGUGAUAGCGCUGAGAAUCUUGAGAUUGUGGAUGUCAGCAAUUUCACUAUCAUGUGGUCCAAGUUCCAUCAUAUGAUAGCAAAGUCAUCAAAACUGAGAAGACUGAGGCUAUGGGCAGUUGUGUUUGAUGAUGAUGAUGAGGUUGUUGAUAUUGAGACAAUUUCUGCUUGCUUUCCGCAUCUAACUCAUCUCUCCUUGAGCUAUGAACUAAGAGAGGCAGUAAUUCAGUAUGGAUUGCAGGGUUCUUUUCAAUUGGAAAAUGUGGUUGUAUUGGAGCUUGGUUGGACGGUGAUCAGUGACCUCUUUUCACAGUGGGUAGCCGGGCUAUUGGAAAGAUGCCCUAAUCUAAGGAAGUUAGUGAUUCAUGGGGUUGUUUCAGAAACCAAAACACACGAAGAAUGCCAAACAUUAGCAAAAUUCACAUCCUUUAUUGUAAGGCUAAUGAAGAAGUAUUUGAAGAUAGAUGUUCAGUUUGAAUAUGAAUAGAUUUGAGCAACUGUACCCAGCCUUGGAAUUCACAUUUUUGUUCAAAUGUUAAUAGCUGAAGGAGGUACAUGACGAUCCUUUGUGGUGAUUGUUUCUGUUAUUACGUGGUUACCAUGCUGUGUUCCUGUUUUAGUUUAAGUUGUGCUUCAGCAUUGUUACUUACCCUAUUCUUUCAACUCAAGUUCGCAUAGUGUUCACAGUUGUGGUAUUCUUAUUGUAACUUCUCCUUUUCUUUAUUUUUUCUGCUUGUCUGUUUCAUCUUGUUGUAAUGAAGUUUAGUCUUUUUUUCCA